ACCAUGAUUACACUCACGAAUAACGUAACUUCUGUAUUGCUUUGACCUCAAGUCAGUAGGUAAGAAUUUGGUGAUUCGGGGAAGCCAGGAAGUUCCUAGUUUUCGAACAUUUGAUAAUAUUCUCCAAAUGAACAGAAGUAAUUCUACAAAUUGGGCUUUUAAUUAAUUUGUCAUCGUUCUGAGACCAUGGACAAGCUUCGUCGUGUGCUAAACGGCCGAGAGGAGAACGAAGAGCUCGGUCUCACGGCUCAGGUCCUUGAUGCUACCUCGCUCAGCUACAGCACCAGGGUGAAAUGGUUCGUCAUAUGCUUCGCCUCAGGCAUCUUGUGCUCAAUACUCGGCUCAGCUCUGCUGUUCCUCCCAAAUGGAAUCAAACUCUUUGCGGUUUUCUACACACUGGGUAAUGUUGCAGCUCUUGCCAGCACCUGCUUCCUUAUGGGACCACUAAAGCAGUUAAAGCGCAUGUUUGAGCCAACACGACUUAUCGCAACCAUUGUUAUGCUGCUCUGCCUCGUCUUAACAUUAUGCGCAGUGUUUUGGUGGCACAAAAAGGGACUGGCCAUCAUUUUUUGUAUUCUCCAGUUUCUAGCAAUGACGUGGUACAGCAUCUCCUACAUUCCUUUUGCCAGAGAUGCUGUGAUGAAAUGCUUCACUACCUGUCUGAGCUAGGAUUCUGGAGUCCACACUUUCAUGUGAAGACUGGUCCUUAUAUGCAACUCCAACAAGAGUAACUUUGUACAGUAUAUAGUCGUGUGCCCCCCCCCCUUUUUUUUUACACUGUAGCUCCUUAACAUAGUAGCCGUUUUUGAUUCAACCGAAGGUCUUAAACUUUCAUCAAAUUUGACUUUUGUACUAGAUGCUGUGAGUGCCUUCAUUGCUCAAUAUAUUUAAUGAUUUAAUAGAUAUUUCAGAUUGGCUAAGGUUGUUUUGAGUACUCAUAAAAUAAUUUGAACAUGAUGUGCAUAGUAAUUUACAACAUAAGUGCUGGGGAAAAAAAACAUACUUAAAUACUACUAUCAUAUUUAUGUCUUAACCAAACUUCCAUGACAUAUGUUUUCUUCAACUUUAUUCAAAAUAGGAUCAGGGCACUGCCGCCAAACCACAGUUUCCAUUUUGUGUUAAUAUGAGCAGCUGCCUGCCAUGUUUUCAUAGAAAUUACAUUAUAUACCCAUGGGCAUUUGAAACACUGCUUCAGUGAUUCUACACUGGCAAAUUUUAUAUCCACAGCUCUUGAUCUUUUCCUGUUCAACAGUGUAAAAACAGCAGCAUAUGUUUGGAGCCUUUGUGUACGUUACCCCUCCCCCACUCAGUAAAUUACAUUAAAAUUGAGUAUUUUUAAAUUGGAUUUUCUGCUAGACGCAACAAUGACCCCGUUAAAUACGCUUUUCUGAGCAAUGUGGUUUUGGCGUGACCUAAUAACCCAAUAUAGCUUCCAACAGGAUCUCCGUAUGCUCCAGCAUGAUGGCAUCAUAGCCUUUGAGAAUUGAGUUGUCAUGACAACAUGCGCCGCAAGAUUCAUUACCUUAGCUACCCCCAUCUUAGGUGCAGAUGUACGAAUUAUGGUGACGGAAGGCAUGUGCUUUUGUAUGAAACACGGCCUCACAUUUGUCUUAAACUGAACUCAUGAUUUUUAAAGCUUGCUUUAUUUGAAGAAGUCAUCAUAUCACAUGUUUUGCUCUUUCUGUAAACCAAACAACUGCAUUGCAAUUCCUUCUGUGCAAAGCCCCACUCUUUUUUUCAUUAGGCUUCUGCAAAGGAUUAUGGACAUUCUCCCUUCAGUACAACUUGUUCAAGUAAUUUGUUAAGUGACAAGCAAAUCCUUCUGCACCAUACCCUCGUCAUGUAAUUUGAGGGAUCAAGUAAGUAAUGCUGUAGAAUGAAGGCACGUCCAUUUGUGUGUGUGUGGGGGGGAGGGGGGGGUCAGUUUUCUUCACCAAGAGUUAGAGGAGGCAGAUGCGCAUCUGCCAGAGUGUCCCAACUGUUUCCUGCGGAGUUACGUUUAAUCCAGAGGUCAGAAUAAGGUGGCAUCCUGAACAGUGCUGGCCAUUAAAAAAGCUAUGAAGGAAUACAGUAUAAAAACGUUUUGCAUGUUCAAAUCAAGGAGAAGUGUUGUUGCAGUAAUAAUCCAUACAUAUUAUGUGUGCCUUUUCUUACUCAUUCCUGUGUGAUCAGCUGUACACUGAAGCAUUAUAAAUGCCAUCUGAGGUUAUCGUGCAACCAUGUGGUAAUAUUGAGUGCAAAUUGUCUUGCAAAUUGU